GUGCUAGGCGCUUAUGUGCUGGGUGGACAAGAGCCCUGUGAUUACUAGUUGGAGGGGUUGGACCCUUCUUGCCCCGUACACUUGAGUUCGUAGGUCAGCUGUAGGGGUCUGUAGAUAAUUGUGGGUACUGGUAGUCUUCUCAGCCUUGUUGGCCGUAACUUGGUCCCUUAGGGUACGGAGUACAUCAUUCAAACAUUACUACGCUAAUUCGCACGAGGAUAUUGUCUACUACUAAAUGCUGCUACCUGCGCUGUCUGCCUUAAUGUAUUAUAGCUGCCUUUUGAUUACUCUAGCAAAUGCAACUGCCAGCGUUCCAAUAUUAUAGCCUCGUUCCGAGCUCCUCUCCCCCUUCCCCCCUCCUCCCCUAAUUACCACCACCAGACAAUGCUCCCUAUCCCUCCGACAAGAGUCGCCAAACAAUUCUUCACACAUCUCCCGUAUUAUCUCCAACUACGCGCAUCGAAGAUCCUCAUUUCUAGCUUGUUCGUCUGGCUUUUAAUAUUCUACUAUUGCCGAGUCACCCUCUGGCAUGAUCCACAUUCUGCCUAUUUCCAAGAUCGCCAUGUCUACGAGCUGGAUUACAGUCUCCACCGCGAACGUGAGGCCUGGCAUUUUAUCUCACAGCAUAAUUCGGGCAUAGAUCCACCAGAUUAUGUGAAGAGUGGAAGCACACCAUCUGUUUGUAUAGCCAUGGUCACUGUUCGACGAGACUCGGACCACUAUUUUGAGGCAUCUGUUGGCUCGCUGUUGGAGAGCCUGGAUGAAAGGGAGCGGCAAGCGUUGUAUCUUAGUAUUCUUUUUACAGAUACAGAUCCGAGAGUACAUCCCAGUUGGGAUCAGAAAUGGGUGGGCAGGCUCGUGGACUCAGCGGAUACUUAUAAUGUGACAGAAGGACAACUUCAGCAUUUGCAGGAUCUGGAGAAAGCAAAGAAUUUCUAUGAGAAAGGAGUCUUCGAUUAUAUAUACGCCCUACGAGCCUGUCAGGAAGUAAACGCCCCCUACACCAUCAUUUUCGAAGACGAUAUCAUCCUUGCCACAGGGUGGUUCUCGAAGACUCUGAAGGCGCUCUCCGAUAUUUCACAACGGAAUCAACAGCCAAGGAAUCCCUGGAUCUACCUCCGUCUCUUCUACACCGAGACCUCAUUGGGCUGGAGCGAUUCCGACAUGGCAUACAGAAACAUGCCCUUGAUAUUUGGCCUUCUCAUGCUGUCUACAUUCUCAUCCUUAUCAAUGCUUCGGCACACUCGGUUCCAAUGGCUGCACCUUGACACCCUGAGCAUCGUGGUUAUCUCUAUGAUAUGCGUUCCAGCCUUCACCGCACUCGUAUACAUGGCCGGAAAAUACAACGUAAUGCCGCUCCAUGGUGUUGUCGAGAUGAACCAGUAUGGAUGUUGCACCCAGGGCUUGGUGUUUCCGAGGGAAAAUGUGGACGGUCUGAUUGAGUUCUUGAGCGCAAGAGGACAUGGUCAGACGGACUCUAUGAUAGAGGAAUACGCUGAUCAGAACCAGUUGACUCGAUAUGCUCUGGCACCGCCCCAGCUGCAGCAUGUGGGGUUGAAGUCGAGCCGGAACAAUCUUGACAUCAAUACUCAGAGUACGUGGGCAUUUUGGUUCGAGACCAAUGAUCCGGCCAAAUUGAGAAGAGAACACGCUACGCUUCUGGAAGAUUAUGAUGUGGAGAGGAUGCUGAACGUAUAGACUUAUCAAAAUAUAAUUCCCGAUCUGAAAAGAGUUAAAGGCGAAUUGUUAAUUCCACCAGAUCACUGGAAAGCGAUGGAAGUGCCUAUGAUUGGGAUAAUUUCGCCCGAUGCCCAAGUUUAGAAUAGACAUCAAUGUAUAAUGUGGUCUAUUUAGAUUGUAUAUAGUAGAUUUAGAGUUGGUAUACCGACACACAGGCAAUGGCAAUUCUCGGGUUGAUGUAACCGUCCACAUGAAUUGUUAGGCCCGAG